CUCAAUAGGAAGCUAGACGUUCACAGAAGCAUAAUGGAGAAGAAGAAGAAUGAGCUAUAAGUAUUUUGUUCUUACUACACAAAUCUAAAAUUCAAAAAACUGAAGACGUUACCGGAUGUAAAUGUAAAAACUAUAAAUAAAUACGUAUUUUGCAUUAUUCACAAACACUUUAUCCAGUUCGUUUAAAAUCAUAAAGUGAAGGUCAGAGUUCAUCUGGUAAAUUAAAGCGCUUGAGAGAAAACAUCUUAGGUUGGAAAGUAAUUGAUUCAAUACUCGUAUAAACUAUUUAUAUGGCUCAAGUUAGUCUUAAUGGGAUCAAAGCAGUAAGUGAUAAUGGAAAUCAAUCUACUGACGAUGAUGUUAUCCCCACAAGCAUCUUCCAUUGGAAGUGUUAUGAAGGUUACCUCAGGACAUUUCCUGCAAUGAUUAAGUUAUGCGAACUGUUGUGUAUCUUCAUAGCGUUUAUCAUCAGUUUCUUGGAUAAGAAUUUCAUAUCAGUUGGUGGUUCAUGGCUGACCGUAACAACUGCGUUAUCAUUCAUUGUCACCGCAUUCUUCCUUGUCUUCCAUCUCUUUCUUCUGCAUCGUUUUAUUGCGGCUCCUUGGUGUCUAAUCGAACUUGCUGCCUAUGUUAUCGUAUGCAUACUUGUGUUUUCAAAUGGAGUACUGUCUGCAGCAUAUUCUCAUUUAAGUGGUAUUAUAAUAGCAGAAACGGUAAGACCAAAACAUAGCCGUUUUUAGAGUCUGUUUAAUACGUAUUAGAUAUGUUAGUAGUGAGAUUGAUGGAAUCGGUUCGCUUCUUUUUGUUUUAGAAAGUCUUAUCUAUGUAGUAGACGAAUUUAAAGAUCUAGCUGCCUCCGUCUUCUGUAAAAAUAAUAAGUUGGUUGACCCUAUUGUUUUCUAUAUUAAAAGGUGCAAUAAUGAAACCGCUAAGGACGUACGAGACAGGUAACUGUCUCACUUGUAUAUUUCCGACAGUAACAUUCUUUAUUUGUCUAUGCUUAAAAAAAAUUCUAGUCGUUCAGUCAGUUAUCUUAUUCUAGUUGUUUUAGAGAGCAUUGAUAUUAAUGGGACCAUUCACCCCUCAAAUGUUAAGGUCUACGAAUACCAGAGACUGAUUGCAUUUACUUGCUUGACAUUUUGAUACUCACAGUAACAUGUUGGACUCGUCCGUAAUUAUGUUAGGGAAUGAAGUGGGUUGCAGUCUCCACAUGAAGCAAUCUUUUAAGCAAUAAAACAUGUACCCAUUAGUUCCUUUUUAAGUUGAGUACUAUACGAUCUACCGUCUUCGAGAAGUCUGGUAGUCCUGAAUUCGUGACUCAUAUGUUAGUCUGUUAACAUUCAACUUUUUUAAGUCACUGGUUUAUUAAUACGAGAUCUUGUUCUUUUUCAGAUUUUCACCUUCAUGGCUCUCGCUAUUUAUACAGUCGACAGUUUAGUUGCCUUCAAAAUUUUUACAGCUGGGCGCUAUUACGAUUAAAGUGUGCUAUUUCAUGAUUAAGUAUUCUAUUGUUUGCUUGUAAUUUCAGACAGUCCUUAAUGCAAUUCUUAAGAUGUCCUUGUUCGCUAACUUACCACUUCAUAUUAAAAAAUUUUAAGAUUUCAAAUUACGACGUAAAAUUCAAGAAACCUGACUUCAGUAUUCUUGAACUAUUUUUACCACAUAACUAAAAAAUAGAUCUGACCGUGUUUGGCAUAAUAAUAUCAAGCAAGAAACCUACACACCGACUUACACAGAGGUUUUGUUCUUUGCUUGCCUUAACUUAGUUAACAUCGUUUUAAGCUUAUCAAUACAAUAUUUAAAUUAUUCCUGUCACUAAAGAUUUCCCGGAAGCACAUAACAAAAGACAAGUCCUUUUUCUGUUU